CAACGUGAUGUUGAUACCCAAGGUGGAAUUGCUACCAAAAAGAAAAAGGAAACGGCUCGGAUUUGCUUGAUGGUCAAACAUGCCGAGCGGUAUCUGAAGGAAUGGCUGGACUACAACUUGGCCAUUGGCUUUACCGACAUUCAUGUCUUGGACAACUCUCCAGAAUUCAGCUUGCACAACUGGACCUACCAAAGAGACAAACUACGGAUCGAACACUUCAUUCCCAACGUUGUCAACAACGUCACUGACGCAGGAGAGGCCCAAAAGCAGCAACAAUACGGAUACAAGCACUGCGUCGAACAAGCGCGCGCCGACAAGAUUACCUGGUUGGCAACCUUUGAUGUCGAUGAGUUUCUGGUACUCCAUAAACACGACAAUGUCCUGGACUUUAUGAGAGACACGUGUUCUGCUCGCCAACAACACAAUGGUUCUUCUUGUGGACAAAUUUCCAUCAACUGGUUCACCAUGGGCAGCAGCAAUCGGACCGACUAUGUCAAUGUCCCCGUCACGAGACGCUUCCAAUAUGGGCGGUUUCAAAACACUGUCAAAUCCAUUGUAGAUCCAUGGGCGGUUGCUCUGAAAGAGAAACACUUUCGUUGGUCACAUACCUUUAAACUGGCACCCCGUCGCAAAUGGUUUUCGGCCAAUGGACAACCAGUCAACAAUAGGGGAUGGAAGAUCAUGGUACACGAAGAGGGAACGUUGGACGUUGCCGCGCUACAUCAUUACAAGUACCUGUCCAAAGAAGAAUGGCAUACCAAGAAUUGUGUUCGAGGAGAUGUCAUGGGGAAACAACAAGAGAUGAAAAAGAUUUGCAAUGGUCGAGCACCAGAGCCCUUUGCGGGUGAAGUCUUUAACGAUGAUGCCUGGCAAGUAUUACGAUCACGAGUACCAUCGUAUCAGCAAUAUGACAAUGUCCAAGAGUUGGGUUAG